AUGGAGCCCCUCCAGCCCCCGGCCACCCCCUCCGCCGCUCCUCCGCCGCCGGCUUCAUCCGCGCCUGCGCCCGUGGCCGCGCCCGUGCCCGCCCCUGCCCCGCGCCUCCCGCCUCCGGCCACCUCGACCGACGCCGCCGUGGCGGAGAUGGUGGCGGCCAUCCACAUCGGCCAAAAACGGAGGCGGGCGGGCACCCACGUCGUGCCAAGCAAGCCGCCCAUGCCCGCCCCCGCGGCGAAGGUGGCGAAGCCCGCCAAGCCGGCAACCUCCACCACGGCUGCUCCCAAGCGCAAGGAGAAGCAGCUUGCAAGCCGCAAGGCCUUGCUCGACGACGCGGAGGUGAACAUUGGGUCUCCUCCACUUGCUUCCUUCGACUUCCAUGUUGAGGAGCCGGCGGGUGAGGAGGAGGAGGCGGGUGAGGAGGAAGAAGAUGAAGAUGUCACCGAGAUCGGAGAGGAAGUGUUUGAAGCGGGAGGUGGUGCUCGAAGGCCAAUUCGCACGGCGAACUACACGGAGGUUGAAGAUGUCCUCUUGGUCAAGGCUUGGUCGCAAGAGAAAUAUGCCGACUUGAGGUACAAGGACAUGGCCGGUUCCAAGGGCAAAUCCUUCCCUUUCAAGCAUUGUUGGGCAUUGCUCAAACAUCUUGACAAAUGGAAAUUGAGGGAUCAAGAGAGUGCACCGAAGAAAUCGGAUAUGCUCAAAAUGGAUGAUAGUGAUGAAGAAGGAAGAAACCAUGACAAGCCCGACGGAACCAAGAAGGGAAAAGAAAGGAUGAAGAUGGAAGCGGAGGCAACAAGCUUGAGGGAAAAGAUUGAUCAAAUGAUCAAGUCAAAGGAGACAUUGACAACGAAGGCAUUGGAGACAAAGCUUAUUAUCACCAAGAGAAAGAAAGAGGUGAAACUUGCACAAUUGGAAGCAAGGCGAGAAGAUGCCAAGCGCAAGGCCGACAUGGAGGAGAGGAUGAUCAAGCUCAAGGAAGCAAAAGCAUGGAAGGAGAUGGCCGAGGAGAAGGAGCACAUGAUGAUGUCUAGAAAGGACAUGGAUGAAGAGCAAUUGGCGUGGUGGAAGGAGUACAAGGAGAACAUCGCGGACAGGAAGAGGCUACUGCGUGGUGCUGGUGGUGGUGCGUCGUCUACUCUCCGAGGUUUGAAGGCCGGGGCGCAGAUCAGUGCCCUCAAAACAGAAUAUUCUGUUUUGAGGGUUGGUUUGAGGGCACUGAUCUGCACCCAGGGAUUUUCGGCCUUCAAAACGACAUUUUCUCAGCCCUCAAACUGGUUUUGA